UCGUUUGGUUGAGUUUUGUGUUCGACAUGUUUGAAGAACCAAGAAUCUUAAACCAUGAAAUUGAAGUUUAAUUGAAGUUUGAUGACUAAAAAUGGAAUUUCCGAAACAUGGGGAUAGGAUCUCUGAUCCCCAGGUCGCACUUGAUUGGAUUGAACAGACAGAAAGAGUGCUAAAGAAUUUGAACGUUCCGCACGCAAGAUGUCCUGAGCUUGCGCUCCAGCUCCUUCGCAAGGGAGCAUACGAGUGGUGGAAACGCGCUGACGAGAAAGCGCCUAAGCCUUGGACAUGGGAGUAUUUUGACUGGACGUUCAAGGAGUACAUACGAGCUCGCUUCGGAGAGGAGAAACGCACGGAGUUGAUGGAGCUGAAGCAAGGAGACAUGACUCUCCCCGAGCUUCGACAAAAGUUCGAUCACCUAGCUCAGUUCGCGACUACGCUGGUAUCCACGCCGGCAGACCAUAUUGAAGAAUUUCGCAAGAGGCUGCGCCUCGACAUUCGACCAUACGUGUCCAUCCUGACUACUACAGACUUUUCUCAAGCAUACGAUUUGAUGGCUAAGGUGGAAAAAGAUGUUGACGACUAUAAGGCUAGUCUGAAGGCCAAAGAGGCAGGACCAAGUACGCACCCCACUGCGAUUACGACACCGAGUGCAAAGAGACCAGUAGGAGAGACGAGUGAGGUAUCUCAAGCGAAGAAAGGCAAGUCCACCCAUACUCAGCCAGUGCCGACUCAUUCUCUGGCCUCAAGUUGCAAGACAAGACCGACAAAGAUUCCCCUGUGCCCUACAUGCGGAAGAUCACAUCGUGGUGAGUGCUGGCUCACCCAAGGACUAUGCUUAGGCUGCGGAGAGGCAGGACACUUUCGUAAGAACUGUCCUACAAACCCAGGAGAACCAUUUCCACCAGCGCCAGUACGUAGCCAAACCACUACGCAGCAACCGGCACAGAGCCAACGUACGACCGCUGGGUCAAACCAGCAAAGGAAUGAGAAUCAGCAAGUUGGAAGGGCUCCAGCCCGCACAUACGCUAUGAUAGGACGCGCAGACCCCCAGGAUAACGACGCUUACGAUGAGAGCAGAGCCGACGGAAGAAAGCCGAGCAGAGCUGCGGUAGCUUUGUCGCCGGAAAACAGAGAGGCAGAACCGUCGUCGCUGGGAUCGCCGGAACUCGCACUCAACACCGCUUCCACUGUCUCGUGAUCUUCUCCGUUUAUCUAAUUUGUCUAAUUCGUCAAUAAAUCAAGGUAACAAGAAUGAUGAAUAAGGAAUUAUGCUGGAAGGCAGAGAGGACGAGAUGAUGGAUGGAUGCUGGCUGGAGGAUUUU